GUGGGCGGAGCUGUAGCUCACUGUUCCCGGUGUUAUGGCUGUGGGCCCCGUGAAUGAAUUCUCCGGGCGGAAGAAACAACAAGAAGAAACCGGUGACCCCAGCGGCGGAGACUGGUCCCGGCCCGCCGACGCCUCCUCCUCCUCCAGCAGAGACGCAGGUCCUGCUCGCCCCGCCCUCACUGCAUAAGCGGAACCUUUACCUGUUCUCCUAUCCCCUGCUCGCCGCUUUCUCCCUGCUACGCUUCCUGGCUUUUCAGCUGGGGCUGCUGUUCGUUUGGUUUUGUGAGCGGCUUUCCCGUAGGGUCAUGGCGGACAAAGGGAGUACGGCGGCCCGCACAGCAGCGGCUCCAGCUCAGGACAGGCCCCAGGAGCCUGAGGUAGUGAGGAGCUAUCACCAGCAGGCCUUCCAGUACAUCUCUAUGGCGCUGCGCAUCGACGAGGAGGAGAAAGAUCAAAAGGAGCAAGCCAUUCAGUGGUACAAGAAGGGUAUUGAGGAACUGGAGAAAGGAAUAGCUGUAACUAUAACUGGCAAAGGUGAACAAUAUGACAGAGCCCGUCGUUUACAAGCUAAAAUGUCAACAAACUUGUUAAUGGCAAAGGAUCGCUUACAGCUACUAGCAAAGCUGAAAGCAGAUAUACAAGGUCAGCACUCGCAAAUGGAGGUCUGUAGUGACAAUACUAACUUACCAUGCCGCAAUGGACUUCUCAAGCCAGAAAAAGGGGCUGUUCCCAAAAAAAAAGAUCCACCAUCGAUUUCAAGUAACUCUUAUUCUCGUGUAAAGGCUGCUCCUAAGAGCGGGUCAUUGGGCAACAGAAUACCUAACUGUACUGGUGUAUCAUCUUCAGCUAGGCAAGCUGGUCCAAAUGCACCUUCUAACAGGGGAGCGGCAGGAAAGAACAACACAAGAACAAAUAAACCAACAACACCCACUACUGCAGUACGGAAAAAAGACAUGAAAAAUUUAAGAAAUGUAGAUAGUAAUCUUGCAAACUUGAUUUUGAAUGAAAUUGUGGAUAGUGGUCCUACUGUCAAGUUUGCUGACAUUGCUGGACAAGAUCUAGCCAAGCAAGCCUUGCAGGAGAUAGUUAUUCUUCCUUCUAUACGACCCGAGUUAUUUACUGGGCUAAGAGCGCCUGCACGAGGAUUGCUGCUGUUUGGUCCUCCAGGGAAUGGAAAGACUAUGCUGGCAAAAGCUGUUGCUGCUGAAUCAAAUGCAACAUUCUUCAACAUAAGUGCAGCGAGUCUGACUUCAAAAUAUGUGGGAGAAGGUGAAAAGCUGGUGCGUGCACUCUUUUCUGUGGCUAGAGAAUUGCAACCUUCCAUUAUAUUUAUAGAUGAGGUUGAUAGCCUUUUAUGUGAAAGAAGAGAAGGGGAGCAUGAUGCAAGCAGAAGACUGAAAACUGAAUUUCUAAUAGAGUUUGAUGGUGUACAAUCUGGGGGAGAUGACAGAGUUCUUGUUAUGGGAGCAACUAACAGACCACAGGAACUUGAUGAUGCAGUUCUCAGGAGAUUCACCAAGAGGGUUUAUGUAUCUUUACCAAAUGAAGAGACUAGACUCUUACUUCUCAAAAAUCUUCUGAGUAAACAAGGUAACCCACUUAAUGAGAAGGAACUGACUCAGUUAUCUAGGCUGACAGAAGGAUACUCUGGGAGUGAUAUAACAGCUUUGGCAAAAGAUGCUGCUUUGGGACCAAUCAGAGAGUUAAAACCUGAACAAGUCAAAAAUAUGGCUGCUAGUGAGAUGAGAAAUAUAAAAUAUUCAGAUUUUCUAAGUUCAUUAAAGAAGAUAAAGUGCAGUGUGAGCCCUUCAACCUUGGAAUCUUAUAUAAGGUGGAAUAAGGAAUUUGGCGAUACUACAGUUUGAAAGACAGACCAUCUUAUUCAGGGAUUAAGCGAUGCUGGAUGAGAUUGUUACGCAGAAAUUCACCGCCAAGAAACUUUGCGUAUCUUUUGCUUUCAAAACAAAGAAAACUUUAAAAAAAAGCAAACCUCAGAUGUGUGCACUAAACUUCUAGAAACUGAAUGAGCGAGCAGAAGAAAAGUACUUUAUACAAAAAGCUGGCGAUAUUAACAACUCAUGGGGCACUAACUGUAACUUUGAACGCUUAUAACUGCAAUUACAGCCUUUGGUUGAAAAGGAACCUUCACACUGUGUGCAAAAUUAAGGCUACUCGGAGGAAAUGUGGCAUAUUGGUACUGCUUUCUACCAGUUUGGCUGUGGGAAGACCUGUGCCUUUUCUUUAUGUUUCAGGCUUAUUUGUGCCUGCCCCUUGUUUGUAAUAAAUUAAUGUUAGACACUCCUUCAUACGUACUAAUUGCAACUUUUUGUAAAUUUAUAGAGUUUCUUUAGGGUUGGGUGGUCAGGGGAAAAGUUGACAUGCUUAACGUUAAAGAGUUUUUUAUUUCAUUAUGUGCCAAAUGCAAAGACAGAAUUGGUUAAAAACGGACUGCCUUACUUGUGCAAUAACACCAGUGGUAUGGUUUAUUAAGGUGACUGAAAUCAUUUUAGUUUUUCCCUGUAAAUGUACUACCAAGAGUAAUUUAUAGAGUAACCUGGCAUAAUGAUCAAGCACAACUUGCAUGCACAGCGGGUCAUUUUGUUUCUUUUUUUUUUCCUUUAUUGAUGGUGUUAGAUCAGUUCUCCUAUUAAAAAGCAAGGGUUGGUCAACUGUGA